CAGGGAGGAGGGAGACGGAGGUCGUGCAAGGUAAUGGCGGGAGUUGAAGCGGAAGAGUUGUUUGACGAAAUGACUGGCCGACAUUUUCGGUCUCGGUCAGAAGAUUCAAGCAGCCGCAGGCAGAUAGAUGAAAGAUUAUUGCAUGGAUCGGGUGCUUCUGCACAACAAACCACGAAGAGUAAGUUUAGUUAUAUAAUAUUUGCUUUUUUAACCUUUCAUUAUUAUUUUCUCAUAUUGACAAGAUUAUCGGUUGUCUAGCUCCAUCCAUUUUUUUUUAAACACAAUUUAAAUAGAUUCUUAAGUCAUGUAAUAACACACAACUAAUUAUUAGGUCGAGCGCGAAUGGCGCUUGUCUUUGACUCGUCGGGAAGGUGGUGUAUAAAUCGAACUAAUGCACAUAGACUGGCCCAGACACUAUUUAACCAUAGAUUAAUAAAUAAAAAAGAAGAAGAUAAAAAUGAAAUAUUGUUAUGAGAAAAACAAUGAUGACCGUGAUGUCUCCCCCACAUGGGACGGGAGAGGGCGCGCUGAGCUGACCGGAGCAAAUAAAACCCAAAAACAGAACCCGAUAAAGUGACAACAUGUCGUGAUAAGCCCCAAACUCUCAUAAAACGAAGAAAUGUCGUUCCAAUCGAAUCCCUUAUCCCUAAGCCUGCCGGAGCCUGCGCUGGAGUCGUGGCUCCGCGACUCCGGUUACCUCGAGCUCCUCGACCAGCGCUCCUCCGCUUCCGCCCCCUCCGCAUCCGCCUCCGCCGGCUCUGGACUCGGCGUACCUCCCGGUGCCGGCGGCGGAUUCUUCUCCUCCCUCUUCUCUCACCUAGGAACACUAAUCUCCCUCUUCACACUUAACCCCUUCGCCAAGCUCACCACCGAUGACUUCUCCGGCGAGACCCCAUCGUGGACGGACGGUUUUGUCGGGUCGUGCGAUUCCUACUCAUUCCCGUCGUCGCCCACUCAAGCGAGGCUUAGGGUUCAGGAGAAUGUCAAGCGCUUCGCCCGCAAUUACGCCACACUGUUUAUCCUCUUCUUCGCCUGUACUCUGUAUCAGAUGCCAUUUGCCCUUGUUGGGUUGUUGUCUAGUUUAGCUCUUUGGGAUUUUUUCAAGUUCAGUGAUGAUAAAUGGGGAUUUAACCAACGACCUAUCAUUCGGUUAUGUCUGAUCCGGACUGCUCAGUGUGCCACAGCAGUGAUUCUGUUAUGUUGCAAUGUCCAGAUGGCACUGUUCUGUUCACUUGCUGUCAGCUAUGCAGUCUUAAUGCUGCAUGCUGCAUUCCGGAAGUUAACUCCUAGGAAGCAGCUCAUAAGAAGCGGAGGUAGAAGGAAUUAAGAGCUUAACCAAGUUGAGAUUGCUGUCCUACAAGAUGUUUCUCUUUCUGAUGAUUGAUGAGCUUUUGGCAUGACCUGCAAUAUCAGUUUCCUCCUACAAUGAGAUAAUCAGAUUGGGGUGGGUUAAGGUAGUACCAGUUUUGCUGAUUUGUGCUCUGUAUCUGAGGCUUACUACUACCAUCAAAAUCGAGGUUCUUUGGAUUCCUAUAGAUGUUGUUAUGGGUCUGCCUUUUUGGAUUCAUCUUGGCUGCAGUUGAGGAGGAUCAUCCUUUUUGGAGUGGUGAGAUAUCAUAUUCCCAUCUAAUUUCCCAUCAAAGGCUAUAUAUAGAACCUGGACAUCUUUGUGGAGGUCAGGGGCCUACAAGUUGUGAAAUGAUUAAGCUCGGUUGAAGCAUUAAUGUUGUGGCAUGAUGACUUUUUUGAUGUAAAUGGAGUUGCUCGAGAUUAAGACCCUGCAUUGGGUGGGCUUGCUGCAUGGAGAUGUUCAAAUUGGAGAUCUGCUUCAUCCAAGUCUGGAUAGUUGUUAACCUACUUAGAAGUAAUGGCGAAGGAAGAAGUCGCUCCAGAUCAAAUACGGAGGCACAGAGUCGUAUCAAGACAUUGGCAACUUGCCAAGUAGUCAAUCCCUCGCGGGUAGUUAAUCUAUUGUAGUGACUGUAUCUGCUCGGGAGCUGCUACUUUCUCCGCCAUUACUUUGUCCUGGGGAGUUUCCAGUUCCGCUUCUACAUUUAAGUGUGGGUGGUUGGCUUUAGAUUAUAUGGUCCCGAGUCUCCUGACAAAUCCAUUACCAAAUAUACUUGUGAGCAAGUUCCUCUAUAAUUCUAUGUGCAUGGAGAUAUUACCAGUAGUGCAGCUUUCUAGGUUCUACUUUUCCUGGCUACA